AUGGGCAUAGGCUGGGGGGUACGAAUACCACUAUGGAUACCAAUAUUAGUGAUCACCUUUAUGCAGAACAAAGUCAAAGCGCAAUAUGAGGACCAACAAGCAAAUUAUGAUGACUAUAAUUAUGUCCAGCAGGGACAAGACUAUUUUUCUGUACCAGUAACUAAACCACAAGAAGUGACAAUCAUCCAACCACUGAGAACGACGCUGCCCAUAAAGCCUGGCAACCCUGCUCACAAUGGACGUGUGUGCAGCACCUGGGGAAACUUCCACUUCAAGACCUUUGAUGGAGACAUCUUUCACUUCCCUGGGCUCUGCAACUAUGUCUUUGCAUCCCACUGCAAAUCUGCCUACGAGGACUUCAACAUCCAGAUCAGGCGCACUGUGCUGGAAAGCUCUCCUGUGAUCAGCCAUAUCACCCUGAAGCUUGACGGAAUGGUGACUGAACUGACCUCAGACUCCAUUGUGGUCAAUGGCAACCCAAUUCAGCUGCCUUUCAGCCAGUCAGGAAUCCUGAUAGAGAGAAGUAGCGGAUAUUUGAAAAUCACUGCCAAGAUGGGCAUGGUCUUCAUGUGGAACCAACUGGAUGGCCUUCUGGUGGAACUGGAUAAGAAAUAUGCCAAUCAGACCUGUGGGCUUUGUGGGGACUUCAAUGGCAUUCCAAUUUACAAUGAGUUCACAUCAAACAACAUCAAGCUGACUGACGUACAGUUUGGGAAUAUGCAGAAGAUGGAUGGACCCACAGAGCAAUGCGAGGAUCCUACAUCUUCUUCUCUUUCAAACUGCUCUAAUGAAUUUAGUGCUAUCUGCCAGACAAUAUUGACUGGUGAAGCGUUUGUGAGCUGCAAUGCACUGGUGGAUGUUCAAGACUAUAUUGACUCUUGCGUACAAGACUUGUGCCGCUGUGAUGAGUCUAUGCGUGAUUUCUGCAUCUGUAACACCUUUGCUGAAUACUCCCGGCAGUGCGCCCAUGCUGGUGGACAACCUCUGAACUGGAGAACGAAAGAACUGUGCAACAAGACAUGCCCUUAUAACAUGCAGCACGAGGAAUGUGGCUCCCCCUGUGCUAACACCUGCACCAACCCUGAAAGGUCAGCCCUCUGUGAAGAUCACUGUACCGAUGGCUGCGUCUGCCCCCCAGGAACCUUGUUUGAUGACAUUAACAGCUCUGGAUGUAUCCCUCUCAGCGAGUGCCCCUGUACCUACAAAGGUGAAACGUAUAGUCCAGGUGCUUCUUUUGCAUCCCAGUGCACUUCAUGUACCUGUACUGGAGGCCAGUGGAGUUGUGUCAGCCGUUCCUGCCCUGGGACUUGCUCCAUUGAAGGAGGUUCCCACAUCUCCACAUUUGAUGAGAAACGUUAUUCCUUCUUUGGAGAUUGUAGCUAUAUCCUGACAAAGCUCUGUGACAGCGAUGCCUUCACUGUUCUAGGAGAAGUCCGCAAAUGUGGCCUAACCGACACUGAGACAUGCCUGAAAGGUGUAGCCAUCAGCAUAAGUGGAGGACAAACUAUUGUUGUGAUCAAACCUUCUGGCAGCGUGUUUGUGAAUACGAUCUUCACCCAGUUGCCCUUCUCUGCAGCCAAUGUCACUAUCUUCAGGCCAUCAUCAUUCUUCAUCACUGUACAAACAAAUUUUGGGCUUCAGCUUCAGCUGCAGCUUGUACCCAUCAUGCAACUCUUUGUAAACUUAGACCCGUCCCACAAAGGGCAGACAUGUGGUCUUUGUGGAAACUUCAACAAUAUCCAAGCAGAUGACUUCAAAGCCACAAAUGGCAUAGUGGAAGGAACAGCAGCCGCUUUUGCCAAUACCUGGAAAACCCAGGGUGAUUGUCCUGAUGUCAAAAACAUCUUUGAGAACCCCUGUACACUCAGCAUAGAAAAUGAAAAAUAUGCUCAGCACUGGUGUGGAUUGCUGACUGAUACUCAAGGACCUUUUGCUGAAUGCCACUCAACAGUGAAUCCAGAUGUUUACCACACGAACUGUCUGUUUGACACCUGUAACUGUGAAAAGAGUGAGGAUUGUAUGUGUGCUGCCCUCUCUACCUAUGUCAAAGCCUGUGCUGCCAAAGGAGUCCUGUUGAAUGGAUGGAGGACCAAUGUCUGCACCAUAACCUCGUGCCCCAAAUCCCUGACGUACAGCUACGUUGUCAAUUCCUGUCAACCCACUUGCCGAUCUUUGAGCGAGCCCGAUGUCACAUGCAACAUCAAGUUCACUCCAGUUGAUGGCUGUACCUGCGCAAAUGGAACUUACAUGGAUGAAAAUGGCAAAUGCGUGCCUGCUACUAGCUGUCCUUGUUAUUACAAAGGAUCUGUGCUACCUUCUGGAGAGGUUGUUCACGACAAUGGUGUCAUAUGCUCUUGCACACAUGGAAAUCUGGACUGCGUUAGAGUGAAACCAGAACCAGUCUGUGUAGCUCCCAUGGUCUACUUUGACUGCAGCAAUGUCACUGCAGGCACAAUUGGAUCCGAGUGCCAGAAGAGCUGUCAGACUCUUGACAUGGGAUGCUACAGCACACAGUGUGUCUCUGGCUGCGUGUGCCCUAAUGAUCUAGUGUCAGAUGGCAAAGGUGGCUGUGUAGCUGUGGGGGAUUGUCCAUGUGUUCACAAUGAGGCCUCCUACAAUCCAGGAGAAACAAUCAAAGUCAACUGUAACACCUGCACUUGUAAAAACAGAAUGUGGCAAUGCACCAAUGAAUCUUGCCUGGCAACCUGUUCUGUUUAUGGAGAUGGUCAUUACAUUACUUUCGAUGGCAAACGCUUCAGCUUUAGUGGAGAUUGUGAAUACACACUGGUCCAGGAUUACUGUGGUAAGAACAGUACCAGUCUUGGAACCUUCCGAGUUAUCACGGAGAACAUCCCCUGUGGAACCACUGGGACCACCUGCUCAAAGGCCAUUAAAGUCUUCCUAGGGAACUAUGAACUGGUACUCAGUGAUGGAAAGUUUGAAGUGAUAGAGAAGGUCCGUGGAGGGGAAGUGCCAUACAAGGUCCGUUACAUGGGCAUCUACAUGGUGAUUGACACCGACACUGGGUUGAUUCUCAUGUGGGAUAAGAAAACCAGCAUAUUCAUCAAGCUCAGCCCAGAUUUUAAGGGUCAGGUCUGUGGCCUGUGUGGGAACUAUGACGGCAAUGGCAUUAAUGACUUUACCACCAGAAGUCAGUCUGUGGUAGGAGAUGUGCUGGAGUUUGGAAACAGCUGGAAGGUGUCUCCUACUUGCCCAGAUGCCAAGAGCAACAAGGAUCCUUGCCGUGCAAACCCUUACAGGAACUCUUGGGCCCAGAAGCAGUGCAGCAUAAUCAACAGCAAAGUAUUCUCUGCCUGUCACUCUCAGGUUGAACCAAAUGAAUAUUAUGAAGCAUGUGUGACUGAUGCAUGUGCCUGUGACACUGGGGGAGAUUGUGAAUGUUUCUGUACAGCGGUAGCUUCAUAUGCUCAAGCAUGUAAUGAGGCUGGCAUUUGUGUUGCAUGGAGAACCCCAUCUAUCUGUCCUCUGUUCUGUGAUUACUACAACCCGCAAGGAGAAUGUGAGUGGCACUACAAGCCUUGUGGGUCCCCUUGUAUGAAGACCUGCAGGAACCCAAGUGGAAAAUGCCUUCAUGAGUUACAAGGCUUGGAAGGCUGCUAUCCAAAGUGUCCAGAGAACAAGCCCUAUUUUGAUGAAGAUGAUAUGGAGUGUGUUGAUAAGUGUGGCUGUUACGAUACCAAGGGAAAAUAUUACAAGCCAGGAACACCCAUUCGUUCAGAAGAGAACUGUCAAUCAUGUGAAUGCACAAUGAAUGGCAUUAAGUGUGAAUAUGAUGAAGAUGAAUGCCACUGCACAUAUGAUGGAAAGCAAUAUGAGUAUGAGGAUGUCAUCUACAACACUACAGAUGGUAUUGGCGGGUGUAUCAUUGCAACUUGUGGUCACAAUGGAACAAUUGAUAGAAAAGUCUAUGCAUGUUCUACACCCUUAACCACAACACCAUUUUCAUUUUCCUCUUCAACACCUAUAUCCACCACUACAGUGACACCAACUACAUCAGUCUGUGUUCGUGAAGUAUGCCAGUGGUCACAAUGGUAUGAUGUGAGCUAUCCAGGGUCUGGGAUCAACGGUGGAGAUUUCAACACAUUUGAUCAUUUAAGAGCCAAAGGAUACAAAGUCUGCAAAGCUCCAAAGGCUGUUGAAUGCAGAUCUGAGAAGUUCCCUAACACACCAUUAAGUGAACUAGAGCAAAAAGUAGAAUGUAGUACAACAAUGGGACUAACAUGUUAUAAUAAGGAUCAGCAUCAAAUGAUCUGCGACAACUUCCAGAUAAAAAUCUUAUGCUGUACCUUUGUACCAUGUGAAUAUACAACUCCUGCUACCACAACACCUGUGGAGACUACAACACCCAUCACAAAAACAACCACUCCAGAAACUACUGUAACCAGUAUAUCUUCAACAACUACAGCACUACCUACCACCACAGAACCUAAAACAACUAUUCUUUCAACAAGUACCAUGACCUCCAAAACUCCUUCAACAACUCAAGUCACAGAAACAACGAAAAUCACAUCCAUAACACCUUGUAAACCAAAAUGCAAAUGGUCUGAAUGGUAUGAUGUCCAUUUUCCCAGCCUGGACAAUAAAGGAGAUUCUGAAACAUAUGAUGAUAUUAGAGCAGCAGGAAAAGUGAUCUGCAGCAAACCUGAAAAUAUAGAAUGUCGAGCCGAGAAAUUCCCAGAAAAAUCAAUUGAUAACAUUGACCAAAUUGUCCAGUGCAAUGUAUCCUUUGGACUUGUCUGCAGGAAUGAAGAUCAGGAAGGAGUGCUCCAAAUGUGUUAUAACUAUCAAAUAAAAGUAUUGUGCUGUGAUGAUUGCCCAUCCACAUCCACUACUACAGAAACAACAACAACUGCAGGCACACCCAUUGUUUCAACAGAAACUUCCACCCAGACUCCUACAACUACAGAAACUACAACUUCAACCAUAAGAACUACACCUUCAACCACCACCACAAAAGAAACCACAACCAAAGAAGUUAAACCAACUACUCCUUUAACAACCACCCCUAUCGAAACUCCAACAAUCACAACUACACCUUUCACUACCACAACCACAGAAACUACAACUACUCCAGGCACACCCAUUGUUUCAACAGAAACUUCCACCCAGACUCCUACAACUACAGAAACUACAACUUCAACCACAAGAACUACACCUUCAACCACCACCACAACAGAAACCACAACCAAAGAAGUUAAAACAACUACUCCUUUAACAACCACGCCUAUCAAAACUACAACAAUCACAACUACACCUUUCACUACCACAACCACAGAAACUACAACUACUCCAGGUACACCCAUUGUUUCAACAGAAACUUCCACACUGACUCCUACAACUACAGAAACUACAUCAACAGUAGGAACUACACAGUCAUCCACCACCAGCAUAGAAACUACAACAGUCACAACUACACCUUUCACUGUCACAACCACACAAACUACAACAACCACAGGUACUACAACCAUGACAACUCCUCAAACUACUACUACAAUAUCAGCCACUACUCCAAUAAUCUCAACACCAAUUCCAGACACUUUUACUACUACAGCUACUUCACCAACCAAUACUCAAACCACCACCACCGAGUUUACCACAAUAGUAAAUAAAACCACUACACCAACAACUACUGAAACUACCAUGGCUGCAACUGCUACACCUAUUUCAACAACAAAACCUACAUCAUCAAUAACAGCAACAACUACUCCAGCAAUAACCACAAUCUCAGAAACUACAACAGCUGUGACAACUGUUUCUCUAACAACUGCUGGUUGUAUUAAAGAACUAUGUGAAUGGUCACAAUGGUAUGAUAUAAGUUACCCAGGGUCUGCUAUCAAUGAUGGAGAUUUCGAUACAUUUAAGAAUAUAAGAGCCAAAGGAUACAAAGUAUGCAAAGCUCCAAAGGCUGUGGAAUGCAGAGCAGAAAGAUUCCCUAACACACCAUUGAAUGAGCUGGAGCAAAAUGUAAUAUGCAGUAAAACAAAAGGGCUGAUAUGUUAUAACAAGGAUCAACUUCCACCAAUCUGCUAUAAUUACCAGAUCAAAAUUGAAUGUUGCCAAAACGUAAUUGUAUCAUGCCCACCAACCACCCCAGCCACUACCCCAAUUGUAACAACCACCCCAACCAUUACCCCUAUAGGAACAACCACCCCAGCCACUACCCCAAUUGUAACAACCACCCCAACCAUUACCUAUAUAGGAACAACCACCCCAGCCACUACCCCAACUGUAACAACUACCCCAGCCACUACCCCAACUGUAACAACUACCCCAGCCACUACCCCAGUUGUAACAACAACAACAACAACAAUGCUAACAACCACCCCAAACAAUACCCCAAUAGGAACAACCACUCCAACCACUACCCCAAUGGUAAAAACGACUCCAACAACUACAACGACAGUAGCAACCAUCACAACAAUAUUAACAACCACCCCAAUCACUACCACAAUAGAAACAACCACCCCAGCCACUACCCCAAUAGUAAAAACCACCCCAGCCACAACAACGACAGUAACAACCACCCCAGCCACAACAAUGACAGUAACAACCAGGACAACAGCAACCACAAAAAACAUUAUUACCCAUAUAAGGACAACUAAUACACCUCGAACCGAACCUGUACAAAUAGAAACGACUAAAGGAACACCAAGUACAACUAAAGAAACCACACAGGUGACUAAAACAACACAAGAAAGAACUCCAGUCACAACAACAUCAACCAUCUCCACAACACUGCCAACUACCACCUCCGUAGAAACCACAACUAGUGAAGCAACCCAAAGCACAACCACAACAGGUACCACCACUCUGCCUACCACAGAAAUCCCCACAACAUCAGCAAUACCCACAACUCCAAGAACAACCACUUCCUCAACUACAAGUUGUCAACCAACAUGCACAUGGUCCAAAUGGUUUGAUGUCGAUUUUCCCUCUUCUGGACCUAAAGAAGGAGACAUUGAAACCUAUAACAACAUAAGGGCAGCAGGAGGGAAAAUCUGCAAAAAGCCUGAAAAUAUUGAGUGUAGGGCAGAAAACCACCCAGACAUAAGCAUCGAUGAGGUUGGUCAAAUUGUGCAGUGCGAUGUCAAUUUUGGGCUGAUGUGCAAAAAUGAGGAUCAAAUCGGUAAAUUUAAAAUGUGUUUGAAUUACGAGGUACGUGUUUUGUGCUGUGAAGAAAACCUUACCUGCCCAACCACAACCAGAAGUAUUGCAACCACAACUAUACGUACACCACCAACUACAGUCACAAAAACCACCAUUGAAGUCACAACUUCUACUAAACCACCAGGCACAGAAACACCAGGGACAACCACGGCUGAAACACCUCCAAUCACUACACCUAAAACAACAACCAGAAGCACAACGGGCACCACCUCUCUGCCUACCAAAGAAAUCACCACAACGUCAACGAUCUCCACAACACUGCCAACUACCACCUCCGUAGAAACCACAACUAGUGAAGCAACCCAAAGCACAACCACAACAGGUACCACCACUCUGCCUACCACAGAAAUCCCCACAACAUCAGCAAUACCCACAACUCCAAGAACAACCACUUCCUCAACUACAAGUUGUCAACCAACAUGCACAUGGUCCAAAUGGUUUGAUGUCGAUUUUCCCUCUUCUGGACCUAAAGAAGGAGACAUUGAAACCUAUAAUAACAUAAGGGCUGCAGGAGAGAUAAUCUGCGGAAAGCCUGAAAAUAUUGAGUGUAGGGCAGAAAACCACCCAGACAUAAGCAUCGAUGAGGUUGGUCAAAUUGUGCAGUGCGAUGUCAAUUUUGGGCUGAUGUGCAAAAAUGAGGAUCAAAUCGGUAAAUUUAAAAUGUGUUUGAAUUACGAGGUACGUGUUUUGUGCUGUGAAGAAAACCUUAACUGCCCAACCACAACCAGAAGUAUUGCAACCACAACUAUACGUACACCACCAACUACAGUCACAAAAACCACCAUUGAAGUCACAACUUCUACUAAACCACCAGGCACAGAAACACCAGGGACAACCACGGCUGAAACACCUCCAAUCACUACACCUAAAACAACAACCAGAAGCACAACGGGUACCACCUCUCUGCCUACUAAAGAAAUCACCACAACGUCAACGAUCUCCACAACACUGCCAACUACCACCUCUGUAGAAACCACAACUAGUGAAGCAACCCAAAGCACAACCACAACAGGUACCACCACUCUGCCUACCACAGAAAUCCCCACAACAUCACCAAUACCCACAACUCCAAGAACAACCACUUCCUCAACUACAAGUUGUCAACCAACAUGCACAUGGUCCAAAUGGUUUGAUGUCGAUUUUCCCUCUUCUGGACCUAAAGAAGGAGACAUUGAAACCUAUAACAACAUAAGGGCAGCAGGAGGGAAAAUCUGCAAAAAGCCUGAAAAUAUUGAGUGUAGGGCAGAAAACCACCCAGACAUAAGCAUCGAUGAGGUUGGUCAAAUUGUGCAGUGCGAUGUCAAUUUUGGGCUGAUGUGCAAAAAUGAGGAUCAAAUCGGUAAAUUUAAAAUGUGUUUGAAUUACGAGGUACGUGUUUUGUGCUGUGAAGAAAACCUUAACUGCCCAACCACAACCAGAAGUAUUGCAACCACAACUAUACGUACACCACCAACUACAGUCACAAAAACCACCAUUGAAGUCACAACUUCUACUAAACCACCAGGCACAGAAACACCAGGGACAACCACGACUGAAACACCUCCAAUCACUACACCUAAAACAACAACCAGAAGCACAACGGGCACCACCUCUCUGCCUACCAAAGAAAUCACCACAACGUCAACGAUCUCCACAACACUGCCAACUACCACCUCCGUAGAAACCACAACUAGUGAAGCAACCCAAAGCACAACCACAACAGGUACCACCACUCUGCCUACCACAGAAAUCCCCACAACAUCAGCAAUACCCACAACUCCAAGAACAACCACUUCCUCAACUACAAGUUGUCAACCAACAUGCACAUGGUCCAAAUGGUUUGAUGUCGAUUUUCCCUCUUCUGGACCUAAAGAAGGAGACAUUGAAACCUAUAAUAACAUAAGGGCUGCAGGAGAGAUAAUCUGCGGAAAGCCUGAAAAUAUUGAGUGUAGGGCAGAAAACCACCCAGACAUAAGCAUCGAUGAGGUUGGUCAAAUUGUGCAGUGCGAUGUCAAUUUUGGGCUGAUGUGCAAAAAUGAGGAUCAAAUCGGUAAAUUUAAAAUGUGUUUGAAUUACGAGGUACGUGUUUUGUGCUGUGAAGAAAACCUUAACUGCCCAACCACAACCAGAAGUAUUGCAACCACAACUAUACGUACACCACCAACUACAGUCACAAAAACCACCAUUGAAGUCACAACUUCUACUAAACCACCAGGCACAGAAACACCAGGGACAACCACGGCUGAAACACCUCCAAUCACUACACCUAAAACAACAACCAGAAGCACAACGGGCACCACCUCUCUGCCUACCAAAGAAAUCACCACAACGUCAACGAUCUCCACAACACUGCCAACUACCACCUCCGUAGAAACCACAACUAGUGAAGCAACCCAAAGCACAACCACAACAGGUACCACCACUCUGCCUACCACAGAAAUCCCCACAACAUCACCAAUACCCACAACUCCAAGAACAACCACUUCCUCAACUACAAGUUGUCAACCAACAUGCACAUGGUCCAAAUGGUUUGAUGUCGAUUUUCCCUCUUCUGGACCUAAAGAAGGAGACAUUGAAACCUAUAAUAACAUAAGGGCUGCAGGAGAGAUAAUCUGCGGAAAGCCUGAAAAUAUUGAGUGUAGGGCAGAAAACCACCCAGACAUAAGCAUCGAUGAGGUUGGUCAAAUUGUGCAGUGCGAUGUCAAUUUUGGGCUGAUGUGCAAAAAUGAGGAUCAAAUCGGUAAAUUUAAAAUGUGUUUGAAUUACGAGGUACGUGUUUUGUGCUGUGAAGAAAACCUUAACUGCCCAACCACAACCAGAAGUAUUGCAACCACAACUAUACGUACACCACCAACUACAGUCACAAAAACCACCAUUGAAGUCACAACUUCUACUAAACCACCAGGCACAGAAACACCAGGGACAACCACGGCUGAAACACCUCCAAUCACUACACCUAAAACAACAACCAGAAGCACAACGGGUACCACCUCUCUGCCUACCAAAGAAAUCACCACAACGUCAACGAUCUCCACAACACUGCCAACUACCACCUCCGUAGAAACCACAACUAGUGAAGCAACCCAAAGCACAACCACAACAGGUACCACCACUCUGCCUACCACAGAAAUCCCCACAACAUCACCAAUACCCACAACUCCAAGAACAACCACUUCCUCAACUACAAGUUGUCAACCAACAUGCACAUGGUCCAAAUGGUUUGAUGUCGAUUUUCCCUCUUCUGGACCUAAAGAAGGAGACAUUGAAACCUAUAAUAACAUAAGGGCUGCAGGAGAGAUAAUCUGCGGAAAGCCUGAAAAUAUUGAGUGUAGGGCAGAAAACCACCCAGACAUAAGCAUCGAUGAGGUUGGUCAAAUUGUGCAGUGCGAUGUCAAUUUUGGGCUGAUGUGCAAAAAUGAGGAUCAAAUCGGUAAAUUUAAAAUGUGUUUGAAUUACGAGGUACGUGUUUUGUGCUGUGAAGAAAACCUUAACUGCCCAACCACAACCAGAAGUAUUGCAACCACAACUAUACGUACACCACCAACUACAGUCACAAAAACCACCAUUGAAGUCACAACUUCUACUAAACCACCAGGCACAGAAACACCAGGGACAACCACGGCUGAAACACCUCCAAUCACUACACCUAAAACAACAACCAGAAGCACAACGGGCACCACCUCUCUGCCUACCAAAGAAAUCACCACAACGUCAACGAUCUCCACAACACUGCCAACUACCACCUCCGUAGAAACCACAACUAGUGAAGCAACCCAAAGCACAACCACAACAGGUACCACCACUCUGCCUACCACAGAAAUCCCCACAACAUCACCAAUACCCACAACUCCAAGAACAACCACUUCCUCAACUACAAGUUGUCAACCAACAUGCACAUGGUCCAAAUGGUUUGAUGUCGAUUUUCCCUCUUCUGGACCUAAAGAAGGAGACAUUGAAACCUAUAACAACAUAAGGGCAGGAGGGAAAAUCUGCAAAAAGCCUGAAAAUAUUGAGUGUAGGGCAGAAAACCACCCAGACAUAAGCAUCGAUGAGGUUGGUCAAAUUGUGCAGUGCGAUGUCAAUUUUGGGCUGAUGUGCAAAAAUGAGGAUCAAAUCGGUAAAUUUAAAAUGUGUUUGAAUUACGAGGUACGUGUUUUGUGCUGUGAAGAAAACCUUAACUGCCCAACCACAACCAGAAGUAUUGCAACCACAACUAUACGUACACCACCAACUACAGUCACAAAAACCACCAUUGAAGUCACAACUUCUACUAAACCACCAGGCACAGAAACACCAGGGACAACCACGGCUGAAACACCUCCAAUCACUACACCUAAAACAACAACCAGAAGCACAACGGGCACCACCUCUCUGCCUACCAAAGAAAUCACCACAACGUCAACGAUCUCCACAACACUGCCAACUACCACCUCCGUAGAAACCACAACUAGUGAAGCAACCCAAAGCACAACCACAACAGGUACCACCACUCUGCCUACCACAGAAAUCCCCACAACAUCAGCAAUACCCACAACUCCAAGAACAACCACUUCCUCAACUACAAGUUGUCAACCAACAUGCACAUGGUCCAAAUGGUUUGAUGUCGAUUUUCCCUCUUCUGGACCUAAAGAAGGAGACAUUGAAACCUAUAAUAACAUAAGGGCUGCAGGAGAGAUAAUCUGCGGAAAGCCUGAAAAUAUUGAGUGUAGGGCAGAAAACCACCCAGACAUAAGCAUCGAUGAGGUUGGUCAAAUUGUGCAGUGCGAUGUCAAUUUUGGGCUGAUGUGCAAAAAUGAGGAUCAAAUCGGUAAAUUUAAAAUGUGUUUGAAUUACGAGGUACGUGUUUUGUGCUGUGAAGAAAACCUUAACUGCCCAACCACAACCAGAAGUAUUGCAACCACAACUAUACGUACACCACCAACUACAGUCACAAAAACCACCAUUGAAGUCACAACUUCUACUAAACCACCAGGCACAGAAACACCAGGGACAACCACGGCUGAAACACCUCCAAUCACUACACCUAAAACAACAACCAGAAGCACAACGGGCACCACCUCUCUGCCUACCAAAGAAAUCACCACAACGUCAACGAUCUCCACAACACUGCCAACUACCACCUCCGUAGAAACCACAACUAGUGAAGCAACCCAAAGCACAACCACAACAGGUACCACCACUCUGCCUACCACAGAAAUCCCCACAACAUCAGCAAUACCCACAACUCCAAGAACAACCGCUUCCUCAACUACAAGUUGUCAACCAACAUGCACAUGGUCCAAAUGGUUUGAUGUCGAUUUUCCCUCUUCUGGACCUAAAGAAGGAGACAUUGAAACCUAUAAUAACAUAAGGGCAGCAGGAGAGAAAAUCUGCGGAAAGCCUGAAAAUAUUGAGUGUAGGGCAGAAAACCACCCAGACAUAAGCAUCGAUGAGGUUGGUCAAAUUGUGCAGUGCGAUGUCAAUUUUGGGCUGAUGUGCAAAAAUGAGGAUCAAAUCGGUAAAUUUAAAAUGUGUUUGAAUUACGAGGUACGUGUUUUGUGCUGUGAAGAAAACCUUAACUGCCCAACCACAACCAGAAGUAUUGCAACCACAACUAUACGUACACCACCAACUACAGUCACAAAAACCACCAUUGAAGUCACAACUUCUACUAAACCACCAGGCACAGAAACACCAGGGACAACCACGGCUGAAACACCUCCAAUCACUACACCUAAAACAACAACCAGAAGCACAACGGGCACCACCUCUCUGCCUACCAAAGAAAUCACCACAACGUCAACGAUCUCCACAACACUGCCAACUACCACCUCCGUAGAAACCACAACUAGUGAAACAACCCAAAGCACAACCACAACAGGUACCACCACUCUGCCUACCACAGAAAUCCCCACAACAUCAGCAAUACCCACAACUCCAAGAACAACCACUUCCUCAACUACAAGUUGUCAACCAACAUGCACAUGGUCCAAAUGGUUUGAUGUCGAUUUUCCCUCUUCUGGACCUAAAGAAGGAGACAUUGAAACCUAUAACAACAUAAGGGCAGCAGGAGGGAAAAUCUGCAAAAAGCCUGAAAAUAUUGAGUGUAGGGCAGAAAACCACCCAGACAUAAGCAUCAAUGAGGUUGGUCAAAUUGUGCAGUGCGAUGUCAAUUUUGGGCUGAUGUGCAAAAAUGAGGAUCAAAUCGGUAAAUUUAAAAUGUGUUUGAAUUACGAGGUACGUGUUUUGUGCUGUGAAGAAAACCUUACCUGCCCAACCACAACCAGAAGUAUUGCAACCACAACUAUACGUACACCACCAACUACAGUCACAAAAACCACCAUUGAAGUCACAACUUCUACUAAACCACCAGGCACAGAAACACCAGGGACAACCACGACUGAAACACCUCCAAUCACUACACCUAAAACAACAACCAGAAGCACAACGGGCACCACCUCUCUGCCUACCAAAGAAAUCACCACAAUGUCAACGAUCUCCACAACACUGCCAACUACCACCUCCGUAGAAACCACAACUAGUGAAGCAACCCAAAGCACAACCACAACAGGUACCACCACUCUGCCUACCACAGAAAUCCCCACAACAUCAGCAAUACCCACAACUCCAAGAACAACCACUUCCUCAACUACAAGUUGUCAACCAACUUGCACAUGGUCCAAAUGGUUUGAUGUCGAUUUUCCCUCUUCUGGACCUAAAGAAGGAGACAUUGAAACCUAUAACAACAUAAGGGCAGCAGGAGGGAAAAUCUGCAAAAAGCCUGAAAAUAUUGAGUGUAGGGCAGAAAACCACCCAGACAUAAGCAUCAAUGAGGUUGGUCAAAUUGUGCAGUGCGAUGUCAAUUUUGGGCUGAUGUGCAAAAAUGAGGAUCAAAUCGGUAAAUUUAAAAUGUGUUUGAAUUACGAGGUACGUGUUUUGUGCUGUGAAGAAAACCUUACCUGCCCAACCACAACCAGAAGUAUUGCAACCACAACUAUACGUACACCACCAACUACAGUCACAAAAACCACCAUUGAAGUCACAACUUCUACUAAACCACCAGGCACAGAAACACCAGAGUCUACCACUGCUGAAAUACCUCCAGUCACUACGCCCACACAAGUAACCACUCCAAUUAUUUCAAGUACACAAACAGGAACAACAGAAGUAACCAUGAGAACUACUCACUGCUUUUGCCAAAUUGAGGAUGCUGUUUAUGCAUCUGGUGAAAUGAUUUACAAUGAAAUAGACAAGGAUGGAUGUAAUUUUUAUGCCAUUUGUAGUAAAACGUGUUCAGUGGAGCGAUUUAAGGGACCAUGUAAAUCAACAACUCCAGCAACAACAACUACACCUACACCUACAACUUCAACAUCUAUACCAACUAUGACUCCCACUACAACAGUUAGUUCAACCACUAAAAUUGAGUGUCCUGAUGCUAAACCGCCCAGAAAGAUAGGUGAAACAUGGAAGAUAUCCAACUGUACCACUGCAACUUGCGAGGGCAAUAACAAAAUUGUUAUACAGAAAGUGAAAUGCCCACCUGUAAAGAAAAUUACCUGCGCCAACGGAUACCCACCAGUAAAGGUCUUCAGUGAGGAUGGCUGCUGCUACCACUAUGAAUGUGAAUGUGUCUGUAGUGGCUGGGGUGACCCUCACUACAUUACAUUCGAUGGAACCUAUUACACAUUCCUUGACAACUGCACAUAUACCCUGGUGAAGCAGAUUACCCCUAAAUAUGACAACUUCCGUGUUGACAUUGACAAUUACUUCUGCGAUGCGGAAGAUGGACUUUCCUGUCCUCAGUCCAUUAUUGUUUACUACAAGCACACAGUGGUAGUGCUGACACGUGAACUCUAUAAUGGAGUGAUGGCUAAUAAGAUUAUCUUCAAUAAAACAGUUGUCAACCCAGGCUUCCAGAAAGAUGGCAUUUCUAUUUACAUGCUUGGCAUCAACAUGGUUGUUGAAAUACCUGAGUUUGGAGCUACCAUCACCUUCAGCGGGUUGAUCUUCUCAGUGAAACUCCCAUUCAGCAAAUUUGGCAAUAAUACUGAAGGACAGUGUGGUACAUGCACAAACACCAAAACAGAUGACUGCCGCUUGCCAAGUGGUAAAAUUAUUCCUUCUUGUACCCAAAUGGCUCCCCACUGGAAGGUUGACGAUGGCAAGAAGCAAUACUGUGUAGGAACACCAACACCAACACCAGGACCCAGCACCCCCACUCCAGCUCCCAGCUGUCCCCCGUCUGCUCUUUGCAAGAUAAUUUUGAGCGAAGUCUUUGAAGAAUGCCACAAGGUGAUCCCACCACAAGACUUUUACAAGGGCUGUGUCUUUGAUGCAUGUCACAUGACCAAUACAUCUAUGCAGUGUUCCGGCUUGGAGAUAUAUGCCACUCUGUGUGCCACUAGAGGUGUUUGUGUUGACUGGAGAGGAAAGACCAAAGGCAAAUGCCCAUAUAACUGUCCAGUGGGCAAAGUGUAUGAACCAUGUGGGCCUCUUAAUCCUGCUACCUGUGAUUCAAGGGCUAUUCAACACAAUGGCACUGGCCUAACUGAAGGAUGUUUCUGCCCUGAAGGAAAGAUCCUCUUCAACACAAACAGCGGUGUCUGUGUCUCUGGAUGUGAUAUCUGUAUAGGACCAGAUGGACUGCCCAAAUUACCUGGAGACCAGUGGAAAAGCAAUUGCCAGGACUGUGUUUGUGACCGGUACACUUUUAAAGUGCAGUGUACAAAGCACCCGUGUAAACCACUCCCACCAGUCUCUUGUGAUGACCCAGGGUUUGUACCUGUCCAGUUGCUGACACGAGAAGAUCCAUGCUGUGGCCAGAUUGAAUGCCGAUGUGACACUAGCAAGUGCCCCAAAUCAGUGGCCAGCUGUCAACCAGGAUACGAGUUAAUCCCAGAAGUAUUAAAUGGAAAUUGUUGUACAAUCUUCACAUGCAAGCUAAUACCAGGCUGUGUAACCAAUGGAACUUUCUACAUGCCUGGAGCUGUCAUUCCAAAAGGUACCUGUGAAAAGUGCACCUGCUCUGCUGAAGUAAAGCCAGACAGUCAGAGAAACACUGUUGUCUGCCAUCCCAUUCCAUGUGACACUGAGUGCCCAGUGGGCUAUGAAUAUAAGAUGAAAACUGGACAAUGCUGUGGCGAGUGUGUAAAGGAGGCUUGUGUACUGAAGAUGGAGGAUAACACAGUCCAUGUGCUUAAGGCUGGAGAAGUCUGGCACGAGCCUGGAAAUAACUGUACCCUCUAUAAAUGUGAACAAAUUGAGGAUCAGUUUAUUCCUGUCACUAUAAGGAAAGUCUGUUCACCCAUGUACCCAGAAAACUGCAAACCUGCUGAUAUCAAGCUAAGUGCAGAUGGCUGCUGCAAAAUAUGCAAACCACAGGAAAAAGUAGCUUGUAGACCGCAUAGUACUCUCACUGUCAUCAGACACAAUGAAUGCAACUCUUCUGUGCCUGUGGAACUAACAUACUGCGAAGGCAACUGUGACACUUCUUCAAUAUAUUCCCUUGAGGCGAAUGUGAUGCAACACAAGUGUAAGUGUUGUCAGGAGGUCAAGACCAGCAAAAGACAGGUGACCCUGAGCUGCCCUGAUGGAAGCACCACUGAUUACUCAUACAUCCAUGUGGAGCAGUGUGAUUGUGCGGGCACGGAGUGCAUCCCCCAAACCACUCCCACCACUCCAGAGCAGGAGCAAGAGCAGGAGCAAGAGCAGGAGCAGCAGCAGCAAAAGGAACAGAUCCCCAGAAAAAUGAACCAAAACCAGGAAGAGUAGAAUAUAGACUGAAAUAAAUCUUUUCACUUUUUUUUCCUAAUAAUAAACAAGUAUCCAAAGCAGCUAGAAUCUUGGACAUACGGAUGAAAUUCCUAUAUACAUGCUAGAAAUUUCUGUUUCCUAAUUAUUUCAACUUCCAUUAUCAAUGGAUCUCAUUGCUUUGAGUGUCUUCUUUUAACUUGAGAGGUACAGGAUUAGGAAAUCUUGAGGUUUGUUUUUUCUUGGCGGUGCUGUACUGUAUGACUGACAGCUUUUCUUUCAAUAGGGUGGGGUGAGUGGAACUAUACUCUAACUAUUUCCACGGCACUUUUAGAAAGUCCUUGAUGUAAAUUAUAGUCUCUUUUUGGCUUGAAAUUUUCCCUGUGGUGAUUCUGAUACUGACUGCCCAAGGCCAAGCAUAGAACAAACAUCACUGUGUCGUUAAUAAUUUUUCACUAGUCACGGUCAUUACACAACCACCAGACACUGACUAAUCAUUGCAUUGCAUUAGACAACUUUUAAAAUCCCUUUUGAUUCCUGUUCAGUUAGGCAGUGUCAACAAUUUAAGUCCAGGAAAAACAGACUAUCACUCUGACCUUCCUACCUUUUUGUUCGUUUGCUUGUUUGAUGUUUUAGCAUUAAAGAGAGUUUAGGUUGUAGACACUGCAUUUUCUCAAACUUCAAAGAUACUGGGGGAGUUUGUGGUGUUGUAGGAAAGAAAGGAAGGAAGGAAGAAAGAAACACUAUCAUAUAAGGCUGCUGCAGAAUAUCCUAUGUUUACAUGAGAUUAUCAGCAUAGUAAAUGUAUGAAAAUUUGGAUUUUUGUAUUAUUUGUUUUUGGUUAACUGUUUACAGAAGAAAUAUAUUUUUGCCAAAAGGGGUAUAUGAAGGAUUUUUGUAAACAAAAGUAAUAAUAAUAGUAAUAUAAAUUCUUUCCUAGGAAACUGAGCUUUUUUUAAAAUGUUGUACCAUUGCUAUUUAUUUUGUUUCUGGGAAAAAUAAGUGCAUUGGACCAUUUCUCCCACAAUUAAUGUUGCCCCCAUUUUCUAGCGUCAGUGGGUAUCUGGUUGUGGGAUGUUUUCUUUUUCUAUUUUGUUUUGGGUUUUGUUUGUUUCUUAAGAGGAAAAAAAAUUAUGAUGAUUAAUAAACUUUUAGCAUUUUGCAA